CUUCCACACGGCUUGUUUUCAUACUUUAUCUUCAUCUCAACUCUGCCGGGUUGGCGCCAGCAUUGCAUCCUCAUGCAUCCAUACCUCUUCAGCGAAUUGAACGACGAUUGGUCAAGGAUUGAUAUCAAGGUAAUGUCAGUCACUCCGUUGUCAUGGCAUGACGGACUAUGCGCGCGGGGUCUGUGACCAGCACCGUGCUCAGACUCGCAUGGGCCUUCCGUCCACCCCUCUAUGUGCAAGAGUGCUCGACCUUCUGGAGACGUGUCCCUGCUCAAGUAUGUGAAUCCCCGCUCUUCUUGCAGACUGGCUUUUGCUGGUGGGUCUAUCAUGAUAUCCAAUCUUCAUCACACCAUGCCGCAGAGAAGGUAAACAUUGAGACACACAUUGGCACAGGAAGGGUCGCAUCGGAGAUCAAACAGUUGACAUCUAUCUUCGUUAACUAUCUCGGAAGCCAUGAGGAUAGACUGGGGUGCUCGUACCGUUCUGUCCCAUUGGCUGCUCGUCAACCGUUGUUGGUGUUGGAUGCAAGCCUACGCCUGAGGGAUGCAGCUCGGCCAUUAACUGCUUGCCAUGUUACCAUGACAUUCAACAAUGAUGAAUCGAAAGCUAAUGGAUUGUUCGAGACCGGACCUUGUUGAUGGUGAAGUCAAAAGCGCUGACCAUUCCACUUCGGACGUAUGACAGUAAGGA